UGUUUUGUCUUGUACUUCCGCGUCCGCUGUCAUGGCGGCCCCCUGCACGAUCUGAGUCGCAGAGAGACUCGAACCCCCUCUAGGGCAACACAGGAGCGAAGCCGCCGCGGCCAUGAUGCCCAAGAGCCUGCUGUCGUGGAACAAAAGGGUCUCGGCGGUUUACGCCUUUGGCAUGUGGACCUUGAUCGGUUCCUACGCGUUGCUCAAAUACACGGGUCGUAUUGAGGACACGCCUGUGAGAAAAGAAGAAGAAGAGGAGGUGGUACAAGAGCAGGAGGAUCCAAACCAAGUGGUCCUCCAGACGACUCACACCAAGACCCUCAUGGUGUACAAGAAGGACUUCGUCCCAUACACCUCAAGGAUCUCCAAGUUCAUCAGCUCUUUCAGCGGCGACCCUGGGACUGGAGGCAGUGACAAGUAGCUGCAUCAGUGCAAUGGACGAAGGACUGAACAUUUUCCUCUUGUUGAGAGUAAAUCUUUAUCACGCUUAAUCAACUUAUGCUUUUUAGCUUGAGAACAUUAUUGUAAUGUGUGAAGGAAAGCCCCACUGCGGCAUCUGUCCAAACUGCCAUUGUGUUUGGAUUUGACUUUAAAUACACAAGGAUCCAACACCACAGCAAAGUGCCGCCUCAACAUGUCUAACAGAAACGGGUCUGUUUAAAUAAUGUUGUAGUAUCAGGUAGGGCUGCAACUAAUUUUCAUAAUCGAUUAAUCUGUCGAUUAUUUUCUCGAUUAAUCGACUAGUUGUCGAUGAAAUGUCAUCAAAUGUUGAAAAAUAUCGAUUGUGUUUCCCAAACCCCAAGAUGAUGAUUUUUUUUGUCCACACACAGAAGAUACAACAUAUUUAUUUGCCCAAAAAAAUGAAUUGUCAUUGAGUGGGUUGCACAAUGUAGCCUGGUAUAAAAGUGGAAACCUUCAUUAUC